AUCUCUUGCUGCGAUUCUCCCUGGGUUCUUGAUCGACCAUCGACGUCGUCCUUAGAAGCGGCGCUGAAUAGAGCAUCGAAAUUCCAAUAUUCUUUGCAUUUUCUGGAAUUUUCGCCUCGCGAAUGAUAUCUCACGUCGACAACACACGAUCGAAUCCCUAGAGGAUUACGAUGCUGCAGAGUUUGCGGACAUGGAGCCGGGUAGAAAUAGACACGAAGAGGAGGAGAAAGAGCUGUGCGUGGACGAGAUAAAUUGUGCGAUCUAUUUUUGCAAGAGAGACGUCGCGGUGACGCUUCCUGGGAUUUGUGUCUUCCGAGUCCUGAGCCUCCGCCCUCUAAGAUUCCACUGGUGAACCGGUCAAAAUGAUGGAGAACUUACCUGAGGAAGUAACGAAAUCGAGUUUCCGUCGUAAGGUGUGGGACUACAUGAUGAAGAAUGAGCUGGUGAAUUUUCCUGUUAACAUAUACAAGCGUAUUCCGAACUUUAAAGGCGCCGCGGAGACUGCACAGCGAUUGAUUGAACUGGAUGAAUUUAAAAGGGCUAGAGUUAUAAAGAUAAAUCCGGACAAGCCGCAGGAACCAGUGAGGUUUUUAGCCCUGGAAGCGAACAAGGAAAUCAUUGUGCCUAUUCCCAGAUUGAGAACUGGCUUGUUUUUACACGUUACGCCAGUUGCUGGCGCAACGAAGGAACAGCUGAAAACACUGGCUUCCAUGCGUGGUCUAGAACAAGCGGGUAAAUCACUGGGGCUGGAUUCCCGUAUUAAGGUAGAUCUCGUUGUACUGGGAUCUGUAUGCGUCAGUCGAGAUGGGUACAGACUCGGCAAAGGAGAAGGGUUCGCAGAUCUUGAGUUUGCGAUGAUGAUGAGAAUGGGCACGAUAACAAAAAAUACAAUUGUUGUCACAACAGUACAUGAUUGCCAAAUUGUAGAUUACCUACCACCACAAUUGUUCAAAGAAUAUGAUGUGCCGGUAGAUAUAAUUGUUACGCCGACGCAAACUGUAUACGUAGAGUCGAGACUGAAGAAACCAUCUGGCAUUUUGUGGCAUAUGCUUAGCGAAAGAAAACUCAAAACCAUGCAGGUAUUACAGCAGCUCAAAGAGAUGGAUGAAAAAAAUGGGAAAAUCGUAGUCCUGAAGGAAGUCGAUUCCGACGUGGAAACGCGCCAGUAUAUCAAGAAUCGCGUUAAAUAUCCGAAAAACAAGAAACGUUUCAACACGAAAAGAGAUGCGCCUAAUACCGAAAACACGAUGGAAGACAGCAAGGAUAAAGGUGAGAAAUCGCGUUUUCCACGAAGACGAACGUAUAAGAAACCAAAAGCUGAAGAAGAAAAUGAUCUUCCCAAUGCUGAAGUACAAACGAAGACAGAAAACAAUACCAAGAACGCGUCCCGGCGGCGUAAGAAUCUUCGCGCCCGAAUGAAAACGCAUAUUGAUUUCUCGUUGAAGCUCUCUAAUAUCUCAUCCGGUGUGAGAGUCCGCGAUCUAAAGAACGCUCUAUUGAUGCGCGGCGUUAAGCCGAGCGAAAUAACUUGGCAAGGCUAUCGUGGCAUCUGUUACCUUCACUUUAGCAAACUUCGGAAUGAGGCAGCUCCGCCAGAUCAGCCAGUUCAGGUAGAUUCGAUCGUGGCGAAUUUACAGCAGCUUCGAAUCGGUGAGUCCGUGAACGACGAAGAGGGAUUUAUAUACGUAGAACCUGCGAAACCGAUUUCUAGAAUCGAGGUAACCGAUGUAACAACUGUCUAAGUGUUUAUUGAAACUACAUUGAACAUGCAAUUACAUGUUGUUUCUUGGCCAUUUAUAUUCCGACGUCGAACACAGUUAUAGACGUCUUCUAAAGUCAAUCUUUUUUUAUGAGAAUUAUGUUACAUAUAUUGAGUGUCCCAACAACGCGCAUUUUCUUUUCGUUAUAAACAUUUUAAUGAAUAUUGUGUGUAAAGUGGUUACAACAAAUGUUUAAUUAAAAGCUAAAAAUUAGCAUUCUUUAGCUUUUUAAUUUGAUUUUUGUUUUGCCUAUUAAUUAAAGAGGCACUUUAAUUAAUAACCAUUAAUUAAAGGAUGCUUAAAUGUUCUUUAAAAUUAAAGAAAUUAAAUGGGACAUAAUUAAGUACUUAUGACAUUAAUGUGAGACUAUAAUUUAAAUUGCUAAUUUAAUUUUAAUAGUUGAAAGAAA